UCGGUGUGAUUAAACCUCACGCUAUUGGUCAGAAACCACCGAAACACUUCCUGCUUAGCUGCAUGUUGAUGUCAGAGAAGGAUAUCAUAAAGUGAUAGUAGCGUUGUCUGAUGUGGAGCAGGAUAUUGAAGCCUCGGGUGAUUGGUAGAACAGCUUUCUAUUGGAGGAGUCUCUUCACCAUGCAGCUGAACACCAGUGAGUUCAAGUCUCUGUUCAGUGAGGGGCUGAAAGGACUAGCAGAGUUGUUUGGGAAGCACCAGCAUGAGCUGAGGAUCGCUGGCGGCGCGGUGCGGGACCUGCUGUCUGGGAAGCGGCCUGACGAUGUGGACUUUGCCACCACAGCAACUCCAGAGGAGAUGAAGCAAAUGUUCCAGAAAGCUGGCAUCAGGAUGAUCAACAACAAAGGAGAGAAGCAUGGGACCAUUACAGCAAGACUACACAAUGAGAACUUCGAGGUGACCACGUUGCGGGUGGAUGUUCAGACGGAUGGACGUCACGCAGAGGUGGAGUUCACCACGGACUGGCAGAAAGACUCUGAGCGCAGAGACCUCACCAUCAACUCCAUGUUUCUAGGGCUUGAUGGCACAUUAUACGACUAUUUCAAAGGAUACGAAGACCUGAAGGAGCGCAAAGUCCGCUUUGUUGGCAGCGCUGAACAAAGAAUCCAAGAGGACUACCUGAGAAUACUGCGCUAUUUCAGGUUUUACGGCAGGGUGGCUCCGGAGCCCGACCGCCACGACCCGAAGACGCUGGACGCCAUCCGGGAAAACAGUCGUGGCCUUGCAGCGAUAUCUGGAGAACGGAUUUGGACGGAGCUGAAGAAGAUGGUUGUUGGUAAUCAUGCUGAUCACCUGCUGGAGCUGAUGUACAGUCUGGAGCUGGUCCAGUACUUAGGUUUGCCUCCAGAUGGCAACGUGGAGGAGAUUAAGCGAGUGUGGCAGAAAGCCAAAGACCACUCUCCCAAACCCAUGACCGUCCUGGCUGCUCUCUUCCGCCGCCCAGAGGAGGUGGAGAGGAUGGACCUCCGGCUGAAGGUGUCCAAGGAGGAGAAGACCCUGGCUCUGUUCCUGGUCAAAUACAGACAGGAGCUGUGCAAGAGCAGAGAGGAGCCGGACAGCCUGAAACCCUUCACUGACUUCAUCAUCGACAGUCGAGAGCUGGACACCCAGAGUAAAGUGUGUGAGCUGCUGAAGUAUCAGGGUGAGGAGAAGCUGCAUGCGGAGCUCAGCGGGUGGUCCGUCCCUCGCUUCCCCGUCAACGGACACGACCUCCGGAGGAUGGGCAUCACGACGGGAAAGGAGAUCGGCUCCACCUUACAGGACCUCCGCGACGUCUGGAAGAAAAGCGGCUAUCAGAUGGACAAAGAUGAACUCCUCAGUCACGUAAAGUCGUGAUUUGAGGAGGAAAGUGGACGUGCUUUUGUCAUGUCGCACCAUAAGGGUUUGGCUGCUGUAAUUGUGCUCUUGAAGGGUAUUGAUUGAGACGUUUUAGUUUGAGAAAAACGGACACGACAAUAAUUCUGACGAUCAGAGCUGCUGAUUUCAUUCUAAAGUAGCCCUAUUUUGUUCUCCAUCAUCAUAUAAAGAGAUCACAAAAUGCAUAUGAGGACAAAUGUGUACUAGAAACAGCUUUUUAUAUAAUUUGAUAUAUAAGUUUGGUUUUUCUCCUCAUUUCUGAAAAGAACAUGCUCUAUAAAUAGGUUGUACUUUUUAUUGAAAAGA